UCGUUGUUUACAUCUGUUUAUCGCUGUUUGUUUCUCCAUUUUUUUGAAUCCAGCCAUUUUCUUGCUUUCAAAUUAUUUAUCAAUAAUCAUAACUUAAAAUAAUUUCUGUUAAAACACACCAACCAUGGCAUCAGCAGUCAACGAAAAUGAAGAUCCACUGAAGCGGCGGAUGGUUCCACGGGGACUGCAGAAGCUAAUAGAACAGUGCUUGAAAAUCUAUCCCGAUCAAACAAAUCCGCUCCAGGUUACAACCGUGCUUAAAUACUGGCUCGGCGGCCAGGACCCUUUGGAUUACAUAAGUAUGUAUCACAAUCCGGGCAAUCCUGAUCAGAACAUUCCACCGCACUGGCACUACAUAAGCUUUGGUCUUUCGGAUCUUCACGGCGACGGCAGAGUGCAUUUACCCGAUACAAUCGGAGGACUGGAACCUCGCUCUGGAAUGGGUUUCGAGCUUACCUUCAGACUUGUGAAAUCAUCUGAUAGUGCCGACGAAAGACCUCCAACCUGGCCCGCAAAUCUCCUACAAGCUUUGGCGAAGUAUGUAUUCCAAUCUGGUAAUAGACUCUGCUCUGGAGAUAACAUUCCCUGGCGUAGGUCGCUCGAUGGUAAAACAUCCAACAUUCAGCACAUGUUGAUUGCAGAAGACCCUCAGAUGUCUCGAACAGAAACACCUUUCGGCUGGGUUGACUUUCUGCAAAUCGUUGGUGUGACCAGUGAGGAACUGGAGCAAGCUUCCCGCUGGAAUGGGACAGGUAUUUUAAACCUUCUCCAAAAAGAUCUUACCACUGGAGGAGCAUGGAUGAUCACCAAUAUGGCUCGAUCGAAAAGCGUGUUCGAACUGUUUCCCGAUACACUUCGACAGUUGGAAAUUGACUUGGAAAGAGAAGGAUCCGAUUUAGCCGGUGUAAAUGCCGAUUUUACAUUUAAAGAGCUGCCCAAAAUGACCACCAUCAAAAAAGAAAUCGUUGAUCCUGAAGAAGAAAUUACCAGAAGCAUUUCCUCAUGCAACAUUGAAAUUAAGAAAGAGUUCAACGAUGGCCUGGAACAUUCCGGAUCUUCAGACAUGGUUAACCCGUUCCAUUAUUCGCAGGUUCCGUCUCGAGUUUCUCCACUCAAUGGAAUAGAAUUGACGUUGGCACCAUAUGCUGCGAAAUUUCUCGUGCUUGCUAUCAAAGAUCGAAUACGCCACGGGCGUCACUUUACCUUCAAGGCACAAAAUAUGGCCGUAACGUUUGUGGCCGAAUCUGUCACCGGGGCUAUUGUGAACAAAGAGACUCCCUAUGGAGUGCUAGGCUACUGGGUUCAAAUUCUAAUACCGAACUCAUUAAUCGGCAAAAUGUUGGACACGUUCAGUGAUCUGACGAAAAGCUCGGACAAUUUGAAAAUUCCGCUAACGUACGAGUGGCCGGAGCACAACUUGAAGUUUAUUAUCGACAAUCCACCGCCGGAACUGCUCAAUCAGCAAGGUCCGAUUUUGGCAUGAAGGGUACAUGUCUGUUUCAGAAAUCGUAAUAAUUGUCCGGAUUAACAGGCAAGCUACAGGACCAAAUGUUUGAAGACUACUUUAAACACGCAUAUGAAAUUUCUUUAAUGUGCCCCACGUUAUUAAGGAUGGUCUGUUUAAUAUUUGGGUAAAUGAUCAGCAAAAUUGUUAUCCAAGGAUCACAACAAUACUCAUGCGGCUCAGUUCUUCUGCUUCCAUAAUCAUAAAAUUUUACGUUACUACAAGAAUAAAGCAGCAUAGAAUAUCUAUUUUAGCGUAUAUUUGCUUAUGCAGUUAGGAUAUUAUAUAUGUACAUG